UUUGAGAAAUUCAGUAAGAAUUGAUGAUCACAGGCGUGCCUCCACGUGUCUGGCAAAGAAAACCCAAACUGGUGAAGUGUUUGUUCGUAAAGGGGUGGCCUUUUUCUAAUCUGAAAAGAAGGGUGAUGCGAGCUGGCUGUGAGUGAACUAAUGACGGAGGAUUGAGAAACUGUUUUUCAAAGACAGUAAGUUCAGCUGGUGGAAUAUUCUGUUUUGCUGAAGUGGAAUUUGUAAGCUUGGGGCUAGAAGGGAAGGGUUUGAGAAACUGAAGGUGAUUCUAGAAACCAUAUGGGGGAGGGGAAGAAGAGAGGAGACACAGUAAGGGGUCUGCAGAAGAGGAGGCCCACCCAUCAGGGGAGCUGGAUUUGUUGGGUGUCUGAUCUGCAGCAGAACCCGCCUGAUUCACUGGUGAGCUUGGAGUUGGUUAGGGCUGGAGGUGGGGGGAGGGGACAAAAUGUGGGUCUGGUCUUGAGAUGGGGAUGGGUAAGACCAGAGGCCGUCCAAAGGCCCCAGGUGCAUUGGGUUCCCCAGGUUUGAGGCAGCUCAGUAAAAAGAUGCCUUCUCUGCUGUGCUUUUCCCUCAUGCAUUGUCUCUCUUUUAAUAAGUCACUCAACAAACUUGGGCCAGGCACUGGGCCAGAGGUGGAGGUCCGGCAAUGGCGAAGGGAUGUCUCAAGCCCUCAAGGACUCACAGUCUGGUUGAGUGUGGAGUAUAAGAGAAGAUGAAUCGGACCUCACCUUCCUCGAGAAAAGACUACAAUGACUCCAAAGUUGCAGUAAUUGAAGCAGAGAAGAAAAGGCAACGGAGAGAGGCUGAUUUAGUCUGAAGAGGGGAAGUCUGAGCAGGGAGUAAAGGGGCAAGAGGUAGGAUUUUAGGGACAGUUUUUAUGAGAUAGGUGAUGAAUGGACAUCUGUUUUCUCCCAUUCCCAAUUUAAACUGAAGCAGGAAAAACUUUGGUUCAACAUAAUGAGGAACUUCCUGUGCUGGUUAGUGAGGACAGCAACAGGCCAGGUCCUCUGCCCUGGAUGUUUAAGAUGGGAAAGAACAAUGCCUUCUUAGAGACAGGGUGCUGGCCGGAUUGGCCCUUGGGGAUUCUCCCACCUCUGAGGUUUCCGGAAGAAGGCCAGGACAGAGUUGGGACUUCCCAGCUACUGGUGGGGAGAUAGAGCAGCAAACCUUCUGGCUUGGGCCUGCCUCCUUCUCCAGGUGCCCUGACAUCACGAGUUGGAUAUGUGUGGCUCAAGCAUCCAUCGGCUGACCCAGACUCGGAGUGUUUGGAAGGGCCCCUGCUUACCUGUAGCUUGUCCACUUGUGGCCUAGCACGUCUGCGGGUGUGUCAGAGAUCACUGGGCUUGGUGGGGUCUCCCAGUGCAGCUAAUGGUGGAGGGUGAAGGCUCUGUGCCAGAACUGCUGAGAACCGUGUAGCUCUUCACAGCAGGUUGGCCACCUCUGGCUUCUGCCCAUCGUUUCGGGGCUUUCCCCGGGAGAGACGUGGGAUCUGUGGGCAAAUCUAGCCCUGCCAAUCCUGUGCCACUCAGCCUUGCCUUCCUGCUCAAGGCCUGCCUGCAGAUGACUUGGCCAUGCCUAAUCUAAGCCUAAUGAUCUUUGACUGGGGGGGUGGUGCGGGGGGUGUAGGGUGGUCCAGGCUCUCCUGAUGCUGAGGAGACAGCAGCUGUCCGUCCUUAGGCAUCCUCUGAGUAAAAGGGGCAGGGAAUGUCCUAUCUCAUCUUAACUCUUCAACUUCUUUAAUUUCUGGCUGCACACAUGCCCUCCAGGCAUUGGGUCAGAAGGAGAGUGCUGACCACAUUUCUGGGCUGUUUCCGGAGGGGUGGGUGGUAGUUCUUUUCCCCAGGACCUGGGCAGGGGUGGUGAUGGGGCUGAGAACCACUUCAGGGUCAAGCCCAGAGCUCUUCCUACCCCGUCCUGUUCUCUCCUCUCCCCUCUCCCCACCUCUACCCUCUUGACUCCUCUGCUUGGCAGUGGGCGCAAGAAGGAGGCCUGCUUGGCCAGAGAGAACUAUUUUCCUUUCUGGUUUACGGUGGCCUCUGCACUGAGGAUGCCCUCCCUCCCAAGCUGCCAGACACAUGGGUAAGCUCGCUGCCUCAGUUUCCUCAUCUGGCCAGCGCAAGGCGUCCAGCCUAAGUGUUGGCAGCAUUCCGAGCUGGUGAUUUCUCCUUUCCCUUACUUUGGAUGGCAUAUGAGGACAGGCGCAGGAAGUUCCAGCCCCACCCCUUCCCUCAGUGGGUUUUUGAUUCAUGAACAUUCCCACUGUACUUCCCCUUGGCCCAGCCCCAUGCCAAGCUUAGUGAUGCCAGGAUGAGUAAAACCCAGGCUUCCACUUGGGCCAAGAAGGGAGUUAGACGCAUAAACAACCAAUAGGAAAUACACAGACUUUCCAAGCCCCUUGGCGUCUGCUCCUUUGAGUAUCCUGGAAUGUCCCGUUUUUGUAGAAAGAAGCUGGCGUUCCUCUUCUUUUUCCAUGCCUACCUCCUUUCACUUUCAUUUUCUGCGGGCACUGCCCCAGCUCACAGCCCUAGAUUCUGUGACUGUCGCAGAAGGGACCCUGCUGAGAGAUUUUCUCUGCCGCGUGGGGACACUCCCAGGGCCUGAAGCUCCGUGAGAUCGCUUCCCCACAGAUUCCCAGGACCCAGAGUCUGAAGGCUGAUCCCAGAGCAAGCCAUCGACAGAGGGUGGGGCUGACUUGCCCUCUCCACUGCCGCCUGCCUGCUUCCUGAGAAGUCCUGCACUGGACCUCAUUCUCCUCCACAGAUUGUGAAAUGUACGCGCAGGACGCUUUCCAGGCACAGAGGAGCCAGCUGGUGGAGCUGCUGGUCUCGGGGUCCCUGGAGGGCUUUGAGAGCGUUCUGGACUGGCUGCUUUCCUGGGAAGUCCUCUCCUGGGAGGACUACGAGGGACUCAACCUCUUGGGCCAGCCUGUCUCCCACUUGGCCAGGCGCCUCCUGGACACUGUCUGGAAUAAGGGUGCUUGGGGCUGUGAACUACUGACUGCGGCUGUGCAGGAGACCCAGGCUGACAGACAGCCCCCCGAGCUUCCCGGCUGCUGGGAGCCCCACUCACCCCACCCAGCCCGUGACCUGCAGAGUCACCGGCCAGCCAUCGUCAGGAGACUCUACGGCCACGUGGAGGGCGUGCUGGACCUGACACAGGCGCGGGGUUUCAUCAACCAGUACGAAUGUGAUGAAAUCAGGCGGCCCAUCUUCACGUCAUCCCAGCGGGCAAGAAGGCUCCUUGAUCUUGCCGCAGUGAAGGCGAAUGGGUUGGCGGCCUUCCUUCUACAAUGUGUUCAGGAAUUACCUGUCCCGUUGGCCCUGCCUUUUGAAGAUGCCGCCUGUAAGAGGUACCUGUCCAAGCUGAGGACCAUGGUAUCGGCUCAGUCUCGCUUCCUGAGCACCUACGAUGGGACAGAGAACCUUUGCCUGGAGGAAAUAUAUACAGAGAAUGUUCUAGAGAUCCGGACGGAGGCGGGCAUGGCUGGGCCUCUGCAGCAGAGCCCCGCCACCCUGGGCCUGGAGGAGCUUUUCAGCACCCGCGGCCACCUCAACGAAGACGCGGACACUGUGCUGGUGGUGGGCGAGGCGGGCAGCGGCAAGAGCACGCUUCUGCAGCAGCUGCACCUGCUCUGGGCUUCAGGGAGGGCCUUCCAGGAAUUUAUCUUCGUCUUCCCAUUCAGCUGCCGGCAGCUGCAGUGCCUGGCGAAACCGCUGUCGGUGUGGACGCUGCUCUUUGAACACUGCUGUUGGCCCGACCUUGGCCAGCAGGACGUCUUCCAGGUCCUCCUCGACCACCCCGAGCGCAUCCUCUUAACCUUCGACGGCUUUGACGAGUUCAGGUUCAGAUUCACGGAUCGAGACCGUCACUGCUGUCCGACCGCCCCCACGUCUGUCCAGAGUCUGCUCUUCAACCUUCUGCAGGGCAACCUGCUAAAGAAUGCCCGCAAGGUGUUGACCAGCCGUCCAGACGCGGUGUCGGCGAGCCUCAGGAAGUACGUGCGCACGGAGCUCAACCUCAAGGGCUUCUCGGAAGAGGGCAUCGAACUGUACCUGAGGAAGCGCCAUCGCGAGCCUGGGGUGGCCGACCGCCUCAUCUGCUGGCUCAGAGCCACCUUGGCCCUGCACAGUCUGUGCCACCUGCCCGUCUUCUCCUGGAUGGUGUCCAAAUGCCACCAGGAACUGCUGCUGCAGGGCGGGGGGUCCCCGAAGACCACCACAGAUAUGUACCUGCUCAUCCUGCAGCACUUCCUGCUGCAUGCCUCCCCGCCAGACCCAGCUGCCCGCGGGCUGGGAGCCGGCCCGCUUCGGGGCAGUCUCCUCACCCUCCUGCACCUCGGCCGCCUGGCUCUGUGGGGCCUGGGCACGUGCUGCUACGUGUUUUCCCCCAAGCAGCUGCAGGCAGCACACGUCGACAGUGAGGAGGUUUCUCUUGGCUUCCUGGUGCGUGCCAAGACGGUCGUGCCUGGGAGUACAGCCCCCCUGGAAUUCCUGCACAUCACUUUCCAGUGCUUCUUUGCUGCAUUCUACCUCGCUCUCAGCGCCGACACGCCGCCAUCCUCGCUCAGACACCUCUUCAACUGUCACGGGCCUGGCUGCUCGCCGCUGGCCGGGGUGCUGUCCAAACUGCGCAUGUGGGGUUCCGGGUGCAAAGAAGGCAGCGUGGCCGCUUUGCUGCAGGGGGCCGAGCCGCACAACCUCCAGAUCACAGCGGCCUUCCUGGCGGGGCUGUUGUCCCAGGAGCACCGGGGCCUGCUGGCCGAGUGCCAGGUGUCUGAGAAGGCCCUGCUCUGGCGCCAGGCCUGCACCCGGCGGUGUCUGGCCCGCAGCCUCCGCAAGCACUUUCGCUCCAUCCCACCGGCCGUGCCGGGCGAGGCCAAGAGCAUGCAUGCCAUGCCCAGCUUCAUCUGGCUCAUCCGGAGCCUGUAUGAGAUGCAGGAGGAGCGGCUGGCGCGGGAGGCUGUGCGUAGGCUGGACGUUGGGCAUCUCAAGCUGACAUUCUGCAGCGUGGGCCCGGCCGAGUGUGCUGCCCUGGCCUUUGUGCUGCGGCACCUCCGGCAGCCUGUGGCCCUGCAGCUGGACCACAACUCUGUGGGCGACAUGGGCGUGGAGCAGCUGCUGCCUUGCCUCGGCGUCUGCAAGGCUCUUUACUUGCGAGAUAACAACGUCUCAGACCGAGGCAUCUGCAAGCUCACUGAACAUGCUCUUCGCUGUGAGCAGCUGCAGAAGUUAGCUCUUUUCAACAACAAAUUGACCGAUGGCUGUGCACACUCCAUGGCCAAGCUCCUCGCAUGCAAGCAGAAUUUCUUGGCUUUGAGGCUGGGGAACAACCACAUCACAGCCGCGGGAGCCGAGGUGCUGGCCCAGGGGCUCAGAGCCAAUGCCUCCCUGCAGUUCCUGGGGCUCUGGGGCAACAUGGUGGGUGACAGGGGAGCCCAGGCCUUGGCUGAAGCCUUGGGUGAUCACCAGAGCUUGAGGUGGCUCAGCCUGGUGGGGAACAACAUUGGCAGUGUGGGUGCUCAAGCCUUAGCAUUGAUGUUGGAAAAGAACAUGGCCCUGGAAGAACUCUGCCUGGAGGAGAACCGUGUCCAGGAUGAAGGUGUGUGCUGUCUCGCGAAAGGACUUGAGAAAAAUUCAAGUUUGAAAGUCCUGAAAACAGGUGGAAGGAGGGUAAGAUGGAAGCAGGGAGACCAGCCAGGAGGCUCUUGCACCCUUCCAGGCUGUCUAACAACCGCAUCACCUCCCUUGGGGCAGAAGCCCUCCUGCAGGCCCUUGAAAAGAAUGACACCAUCCUGGAAGUCUGGCUCCGAGGAAACACUUUCUCUCCGGAGGAAACUGAGAAGCUCAGCCACAGGGACACCAGACUCUUGCUUUGAUGUCUCCAGGUCAAUGUUCAUCUCAGUUUGUUUGGGAGCAGGCCGUGGGUCUGGAUCCCAGAAACGGGAUGACAUCUGACAGCAGUCCACUCAGAUGGAACCUGGUCCUGCCCAGGGCCAGCCCAAUAGGUCACCUUUGUUCUGGCAGAAGAAGGCGCAUCAGUGCCCCGCAGAGCAGACUUUCCCAAAGCCUAUUUUUCCUGUCAAGUUCUUCCCAAGAUUCAAUCCUGGGAUGUAGAAGAGGGGCAGCCCCCCUCUACAUGAUGGGGCUGGUCUCGGGCCAACCUGACACGGGUCAGUGGAGCCACGGAUGCCACUGCGUGCUUAUUGGUGCAGAGAGCUCCAUGUGAGGAGGGGUAUUCAGGAAGCAACUUUCUGCUGUGUUUCAACUCAUGGUCACCCAUUAGGUUGUUCUCUAUGUCUGGUUCCUCCACUCAUCCUGGACCCCUGUACAUGGCACUUCCUCUGUGGUUGAGGAUUCAGAAUACUGGCGUUCUCAUCUUUGCUCCUUCCGUUACACCCCAGCCCUCCUCCCGCCCUCCCAUUCCGCUCAACACCCCACACAUCCUGGGUGGGAAGGGCUUUCAUUUACCCUGCUCUCCUUCUGGUACUUAAGACAUUUUUGAAAGGGGACACAUGACAGCCAUGUGUUCCUCAAGACAUUCUAGAUUUUCAAGAAAAAUAUGACCACACUACAGCUGGUAGUACCAGCUACCUGGACCAGGUAGUACCAGGUACCUGGACCUUUAUUUCCAGUGAAAUCAAUUACUCUUCAGUUAAACCUUUGGAAACCACUCCCCAUCCAAAUGCAGCUUUUAAAAAUUAAUCUGGGCCAUAAUUUUGAACAGCCCCACUCUGAUGCCUGUGAACUGAACUCUGGCAGCAGACUUCCAAAAUAUAUUCAUAAGAGACCGUUCAGUUUUAUUUGUGCCAGAAUGCUUUAGGAUAUAAAGUUAUGGAUCAAAAGUUUACAGGGCAAAAUCAAAGGCCCUUCCUUAUAAAGCAAAUGUUUAUUCUGAAUUUUUCAAAAUGAUGCAUGUUGAAGCUUUUCUAAACUGUCAGGUGCUGUGCAAGUGUUAUUAUUUUAAACACUGUUAUCUGUGAAAAACUGGUUAAUAUUUAUAAACCACUUGGUUUUUUUCUCCCAAGUUUAUGUUUUUAUAACAAAAUAGGGCCAUGAAUUUUAUGCCGCACAUAAUCACAGAGGAGAAAACCAUUGAGUCACCGAAGCUAUCUUUGUUGAGACCAAACAUUUAAAAAUAUUCCUGAACAUUGUCAAAUAUUAAAGCACAAUUUUCUACUUGAA